AUCUUCUUGUAAAAGGAUUGAGUGGCUCCUUUAAGCUACCCUUGUUUUCUCAGUGGAAAGUGUGGAGGAAAUACUUGGGGAGAAUUUUUGGAACUCCAAUUCACCCCCCCUCUUGGAGUACAUUGAGUUAACAAUUGGUAUCUGAGCAAUGGCUCCAAUUUGAAGCUUUAACCACCUAGGAGUUGAUCAAGGAUGACUCAAUUUCAAGCUUCUUAACCACUUGAAGGUUUGUCUACCACUAAGCCUCCUUUCUUUCAUGGUACUAAUUAUAAUUAUUGGAAGAAUAGGAUGAAGGUCUUCAUGCUUGCAAAUGUGCCCAAGGCAUGGAUUGUGACCAUGAAAGGUCUAUAUGUACCUAUGAAAGUUGUUGGAGAAAGAGAGGUGCCAAAGGAAGAAGUUGAAUGAAAUGAUGAAGACUUGGGGAAGAUCAUGAUCAACAACAAAGCAAUCAACAUGCUUCAAUGUGCUCUUAAUCCAAUAGAAUUCCAUAGAGUAUUCGGAUGUGAUAUGGCCAAGGAGAUGUGGGACAUGUUGGAGGUAACACAUGAAGGAACAAGUCAAACGAAGGAGUCAAAAAUCAAUAGACUCAUUUACAUGUAUGAGCUUUUCAAGAUGAAACCGGAAGAGAGCAUUCAAGAUAUGUAUACAAGAUUGAAUGAUAUAGUCACCAAUCUCAAGGCUCUUGGUAAAGUUUAUCCUUCUCAAGAAGUGGUGAGGAAGGUUCUUAAAAGCUUGGCUAAGAAUUGGGAAGCCAAGAAGAUUGUAAUUGAAGAGUCUAAGGAUCUCAACACCCUCAAGCUUGAAGAUCUUAUUGGAAAUUUGAUGACAUAUGAGAUAGAAGUUCAAGUUGAUGGUGGAGUUGAAGUAGUUGAGAAGAAGAAGAAGUAUGUUGCAUUCAAGGCUAGCAACCAAAAGGAAAAGAGUGAAGAUGAUGCUAGUGAUGGUGAAAACAUCUUCACCUUGAUCUCUAGAGAAGUGAGGAGAUUCAUGAAGAAGAACAUUAAGAGCAAGCUUGCAAAGAGAGAUGACGGAGAGUCUACCAAAAGGAGUGUGAAAUGCUAUGAGUGCAACAAGAUGGGGCAUUAUAAAAAUGAAGGUCCCAAAUUGAAGACGGGUGAGAAGAAAGGCAAGAAGAGCAUAAAGAAGAAAGCUUUUGCCGCCACUUGGAGUGAUGAUGAGACUAGCUCAACAGAAAGUGAAAGCUCCUUGAAGAAAGGUGUUGCAAAUCUUUGCUUUAUGGCUCAAGAGGAUAGCAACCAUGAUGAAGAGGUAAACUCUAACUUCUCUAGUUCAAUUAAUGAAAGUUCAUUUGAAUAUUCUUGUGAUGAUUUAUGCAAAGUUCUUGAUUGCUCUAUGAAUGACAUUAAGAAACUAGGAAAUGAGAUUAUUGCUCUUACUAAAACCAUUUCAUUGCUUAGGAAUGAGAUUGAAUCUCUCUCAAAACAAAAUGAGGUUUUAGUUAAAGAGAAUGCCUCUUUAAAUGGUGAGAUUGCUUCUUUAAAGAAUGAGGAGUCUAAUAAUGCUUUGAAAAAGGAAAAUGAGGAUUUAAAGAGAAAAGUUUGUGAUCUUGAAAAUGUGAUUUCCAAAUUUACCUUAAGUAAAGAAAAUUUUGAUUCUAUCUUAAAAUCUCAAAGAAGUGUUUAUGACAAAGGAGGUAUUGGAUUUGAUUAUUCUAAAAAGUAAAAGACUUUUAAGAACUUCUUUGUGAGGGCAAGUCAUUUCUCUCAUUCUAAAGUUAUUUGCUAUUGUUGAGGUGCAAAGGGGCACUUUGCUUAUGUAUGUCCUUUGAAGAGAUUGAUAGCUCAAGGCAAAGUAAAGCAAAUUUGGGAUC